AUGGAAGCAAUUCCUACAAGACAAGAAGAAAAACUUAUACAACAACUUUCUAAACAAAACAUAUUUCAGACUAAGUACGGUGGAGGUGCUUUUACUUGUACUUCUGAUGGUUCUAAUUUAAUUUGGGUAGGUGAAGUGCAACAACGACGGGAUUCUUCAGAUAUAUUAAAUUUUGCUGUUUCACCAAAUAAUAGAUACUUAGCUGUUUCUUAUUCAUCAGGAUUAGUUUAUGUAUACGAUCUUUCUAUUCCAAAAGAACAUCUUAUGAUUAUCAAAACACCAAAUACUUCUACUAAACAACAAUCUGUCACUGUUUCAAUGUGUUUUAGUUAUUCUAAUGGGUUUUUAGCAAUGGGAAGUAAUGAUGGAUAUGUACGUAUUUAUGAUUUACAAAAUAAAUUCUUUACACAUAAUUUGGUAUUUUCUCAUUCUCUUGUAACAAAUGUUUUGUUUGAUGAUUCAAAAGAACAAUACCUUGUUUAUGCAUCUUCAGAUUCUCAUGAGACUAUUAGACAAUUUAAUUUACAUACAAACAAAAUAAAAGAUAUGUUUGGUCAUUUAAAUGGUAUUGUAGAUAUGAAAUUAAAUACAAAGAAACAACUUAUUUCUAUUGGAAAAGAUAAUGUUCUUAUAAUGUGGGAUAUGCAAUCUUUAAAACCAAUGAAAACUAUUCCAAUUACCUAUUCUAUAUUUCUUCAAUUUGCUGGAGAAUAUAUCAUUCUUGGAACAGAAGAAGGUAAUCUCAUUGCUUUAAAAGAUAAAGAAAUAAUAUGGAAAAAUAAAGAAGAACAACGAUUAUUAUCUCCAGGAGCAGUUUUGAUUGCAGGAGAAGAAAUUAUCCAUGUGAGUCAUGAUGGGUAUUUAAUUUUUUAUUCAUUUGAAGGAAAGGUUAAGAGUUAUGAUUGUUUUGAUAGAGAGAGUAUAAUUUGUUGUUUACCUCUAGAAGAGAAUGAUGAAGAAUCAGAUAAUACAUUAACUGAUGAAGAAAAAAAACAACAUGAUAUUGAAUUUCCAUUACAUUGUAAUAAAGUACUAUUACUAAAUAAUUCAAAUGCAUUAGAAGUAUAUGAUUUUGUUGCACAUACUUCACAAUUGUAUUAUGGUCAUGACUCAGUGAUAAUGUCAUAUUGUAUAUCACCAUCAAAGGAUUAUAUUAUUGUUGGAUAUUUUGAUGGUUCUAUUUCAUUAUGGGACCUUAAAAAUAUGAAAGAACUUGUUAACACAUCUGUUCAUAGUGGUGCAGUAACUGCUUUAGGACAUUCUACACAAUCAAGAAUGAUUGCAACUGGUUCUAAUGAUAAAUAUAUUAAAAUAUUUUCUUAUGAAUCAUUAGAUGAAUUUACACAGGUAGAUGCUUUUGCUGCACAUACAAAAGAAAUUCAAUGCUUAACUUUCUCAACAAAAGAUAUUUUCCUUGUAAGUGGUUCAGCUGAUAAGUCUGCUAAACUUUGGGCACCUAAAGAAGGAUUUGCUUUACAUGGUGUACUAAAAGGACAUACAAAGGCUGUUAUUUCAGCAGAAUUCUCACCAAUAGAACAAGUUGUUGCUACAGCUUCUAGUGAUGGAACAAUUAGAUUGUGGAGUGUCAAAUCUCUUUCUGCAUUAAGAACAUUACAAGGGCAUAAUGGUGGAAUAUCUAAGGCAAUAUUUGUUAAUGACGGUGUUCAAAUUAUUUCUGUUGGUAAUGAUGGAACAGUAAGAUUAUGGGUUGUAAAGACUGGAGAGAACACACAAACAUUGGAUGUUUCUGAAGAGAAAUUAUGGUCCAUUAAUAAACACAAUCAAAACUUUAUUGUUACAGGAGAUAAUGGGUUAGUUUCACUUAUUCAAGACAUUUCAUCUGAGGUUGUUGCUGAAAGAGUUACAUCAAGAGAAAAAGAAAUUCUUCUUGGUCAAAAACUGAUGAACUUAACUCGACAAGGUAAAUGGAAAGAGGCACUAAAAGUAUGUGUUGAAUUAGGACUUCAAAAAGAGGCAUUAAAUUGUUGUAGUUCUUGUAAUGUCUCUGAGGCUAUUGAAGAAUGGGAUGUAGAGUUAGGAAAGAAAUUAUAUGAAUUUGCUAGAUAUUGGAAUGAAAGAAAUGUUUCAAUGGCUGUAGCACAGACUGUUAUGAAUGCUAUAUUUUUAAAAUGGGAUUUAGAGAGUCUUAAUAGUGAAGAAUUUAAGAAGAGUUUAGAUCGUAUGAAAGAAUUAAAUACUAAACAUUUACAAACAUUAGAUGGAUAUUAUAGAAAAGCUUUAUUUGUUGAUUUUGUUGCUGACCAAAUUAAAGCACUUCCUUAA